UAACUCGCCGUGUUAGGGUUUUAGGGAGGUUUCUCUAUUGCGUUCGCUUCCCCUCGUCCGCUCGAUAGAGGUAGCGAGGGCGGGAAAUGGCGUCGCUAUGUAGGUUCGCCGCCGUCGUUGCGAGGUCUGCCGCCGUCCGCUGCAAAACCUCACUUCCCAAGCCCACGCUUUCCAGGAGAGCGGCCCCUCUCUUUCGGAGGUCGGUCGCGCCGGCGUUGGGAAGCGUGGAGUCUCUGAUGCCUCUCCACAGCGCCAUCGCCUCCGCCCGUCUCAGGUCCUUCAUAGCCGUCGAUUCCUCCUGCUGGAGCUGGCUUUCUCAAGGUUUAAACAAGCGCAUCUGAUCAGGGCUACGAAGAGUGCAAGGAGAAGGGAUGGAACGUUGCAUACUUUGCCGUUCCUCGGUGAUGGAGACAGAGGGCUGCUGUUAUCUCACCAAAUUGAGCUGCUCCUUAUUACUUAUUUUCAAACUGAGCUUAUAAUUCCCAGCUUCUGUGAAUGUUGGUGAUUGUACUGUGUAUGACAGAUAAACACUUACCAAUUCCUUUAAGAAACUUAUAACUCAGUUUUCCAAUCAGCGAACAAAACUGUGUGGAGUUAGUUGCUUUUUAAUCUUUGAAUUCUAGAAACGAACCAGUUAAUGAGCUUGCCAAUGCUGCAAGCCUGCAGUGUCAUCAAUGCAACUGGUGGUUAUAGAGCCCUUUUUCUUUACCAGAUAACAAUUUCUUGUGAUUUCUUGUGUCACGACUGGGCAUUCUAGUAAUCAUCCAGCUGAAUAUGAGAAUGGAUGGUUUGCCGGUGACGAUUAUAGUCUGUCCAUCAGGGAUCAUUUGCACAUUAAAAACAGAGGUCUGGAAACUUAUGCUGGCCCUGAAUUCACCAGUGUGAGUCUGCCAAAACUAUGUUGUGGUUAAAAACAAGCAGUUGAAGGGGCUGGAAAGCCAAUAAAUUGAGACUACUUUGUCUCUUGAAAAGGAUCUGUUGCACCAAGCAUAUUAUGUAUGUGCUUAUAAGGAUGGGGCUCUGCGCCGCCCUGUAUGUAGGAGAGUGUCUUUUAAGCUGUCUCAGUUAAGCAGGCCGAACAGUCAAUGAUUCUCAUGUUGUAAGAAUUAUCAAAAGAAAUUGAUGAUGAUUUAUUCA